AUGUUUAGUCGUCUCGUUUCCAUCCCUACCUUUUUCUCAGCGCUCUCCCUAUUCACGGCUACCGCUGCCCUCAACGUUCCUAGACAGUCAAGCACCAAUCCAUGCUCUGCCUUUCCAGGAGCUGGGUCGCUCAACGCCUUGAACUUCAUGUUGGCGGCGUUGAACACCACUCUACCCAACGCAAAUACCACCGGAGCUUCGGUCAUCUUGGCAGGUGCAGGUGCCAUCGAUGGUGCUGAAUUUUAUGGGCUCGUCACGCAAGCUAGCUACCCUUACCCGCCAACCUACCCGCUCUUUAAUAUGACCAACGGUGGCCUCCCAGCUGCUCCCUUGGUCUGGGGUACCGAAGUCUCUUCUGGCGCUGUACCAGGCUUUCUUUCCACGUCUCUUGAAACGCCCAACCCUGCUGAGAUCUACUGCUCUGUGACCGUUGAUGGUUACGAACAUCCUACCCUCGCCGUCAACGGACGUACCGACCCUUUCAGCGUGUGCAGGGAGUAUCCUUGCGAGUCCACGCCCUGGGAAGCGGUCUACUAUAAUGCCACCAAUGGCUCUUCUACGUGCGGCGCAUCUCCGGCUUGCUACCCCGUCGUCCUUUCCAUCGUCUUUGCUUGA